AUGGCCACCGAACCGCCCGAGGAUGCGAUCACGAAUUUCGUCAGCUUCACCAGCACCACGCGCGAGCAAGCUAUCAGCUUCCUCAAGGCAAACAAUCUUGACUCACAAAAGGCUAUCAACGCCUAUUUCGAAGAUCCAACGGGAUCAUCACUAAAGACAAGCGGUCUUUACAAUGAGAACAACACUUCGUCGUUCGGAUACGGCCAGCAACACAAUCCUCCCCGAGUACCCGCGACAGCUCCCCCUUCCCGCCCUCCGUCUCGAGUGAAUAUGCAUGAACAGACCGAAGCCGCCGGAUUUGAGACUACAUCUGUGACAGCCGUGAAAGCUGCCCAGGAUACUGCAGAACCCGCGCCUUCUGGACCGGGACUGAGUCUGGCCGAGCGUGAGGAGCAAGAGCUGCAACAGGCGGUCGCAAUGUCCCUCAAUCAAGAAAUUGGACAGCAAGAGUCUGGAGUCACAACAACCAGCACCCAACAACCUCACUUCGGAAAAGCCACGCGCGACCAUUAUGACGAAGAGGUUUGGGGGAUGACUCUUUUCAAUGAAACCUCCCAGGAAGUCAUGCUUAGUCCUGACCCUGAGGACCGAAAAAGAGUUGAGGGCGAGCCGGCAUUCAUUCGCCCAACAAAUGACAACCUUUACCUAGGUGGAUUUCUCACGAUUCUACACGAGAUUCCACUGGCUCGCGAAGCACUCUUGCUACGGAAUAAGAUGCUCUUCGACUAUGGACAAGAACCACAAUGGUGGAGUGGACAGACGAUCAAUCUUCCAAAGAUCGUGACGGUUCAUGAUCAGCACAAUGGGGACAAUGACUGGGACGACGUCAUUCACGAAUCACAGCGACUCAUGGCGUUCUUGGACUCGACACAGCGUGCAUUUGGCAGCGGUGAUGCCCUUGCCAACCUUAGAAGCAUUACUUCAGUUUCCUCGGACUCAGAAGAAGUCGUCACGAGAUUUCUGGAAACCUGGCACGCAGCAGCAAUCCGGGCCGCACCAGACAGCCCUCUGACGACAGCAUUCAUGUCACACGCCUACAAGCGAUCUCCCUUUGACGCAGGGGAUGACACCAUUUCGAGAGAACUCUUUGUAUUUGAGCCCGUUGUCGAGCAGGAAAGUGGCCAAACCCUUUACGAUCUCUUAGACACCGCCAUCUGGAGUGAUCGACCUGGGGAGGAACUUGAUGACGUCUGGCUUGAGCAUGUGGGUGAGGUGAUUACCAUGAAGCUCGACUCCUAUAACAACGGAAAGUCCGUGAAUGUCAAGGCGCCCGCCAUCUUCUACCCAGACCGCUACAUGAGCAGCUGUCGAGAGCUUGCACGUGAGCUCCGCACUAAAAGGUUGCGCGUUCAGGAAGAGAUUCAGCAAUUGGAGGCACUGAUGUCUCGUUAUACUACCCCUCAAAAUGUGAAAGGAAACCUGACGAUCAAGGAGCUUCUUGCCAAGGCCGCAGCCGCGACUUCAGUGGCCCUAUCAACGACCCAAGCAAACGACGCAGAUUUAAUAGAAACAGAAACAUCGACCGAGAAAGCUGACCGAAUUGCGAAGGAGCUUUUGGCAAUUUCUGACAGGAUCGACUCUAAACUCAAAGAUCUGGAUGCUAGAAAGCAAAGCGCCAUGGAGACCUUGCGCAGUUACUCCAAAAUGCUCACCGAGGCACCGGAAGCUCCUGGCGAGCCUCCUCUCCGCAGAUACACCUUGCGGGGCGUGUGCACGGAGCCCCAUGUUACAUACGUCCUGAAACGGGCAGAAGCCAACGGGUCUGGUGAUUUAAUGGACAUUGAUGGCCAACAAAGUCCUGGUGAUCAGUGGUGGAGAAUCAGCUAUUCCACCGAAGAUGGGAAGACACGCCAGGCUGCAAAGCGGGAAGCGCAAGGCGACUCUGCGGCCACUCAAGAUGGCGAUGUCAUCGGGUACACAGCCCGCAAGGUGCGCGAGAUUGAAGUUCUCCGAGCGGCUCGCGAAGAGUGGAGGUCAGUGUUGCUUGUCUAUGCAAGUGACGCAGCCGUCAAUGCUCAAGUAGAGGCAGCACCUACUCAACUUCGGGGCUUCGUGGAUAAGGAUAAUGAGGCUUUUGCGGCCGAGUGUGAACGAAGCGCCGCCAACGCAUCAGAAAAGAACGACCAGCAUCCAGCCCAGAUGAACGAUGCCAACGAUCAGCAGCAGCCGGCACCGCCACCGCAACCCGCUCAGCAGGAAAUGCAGGAGAGGAAAGGGUCAAUCCUCCUAGGCACGAGUAACGGGACUAACGGCGUGGGGAUUUCUCAUGCCCUGGAUGAUGAUUCGGAGUGGCACGUGGAAGGUGAUACUGAAAUGGCUGACCACGUUGAGCAUACGAAUGGCUCUUGA